AUGGGCAACGAAAGCUCCAUUAUGGUCGGUGAUGAUGUUCGGCCGCGCACUCUAGAAAGCAGGACUGUUGAAGGCUUAGCAAAAUAUAUUGAAGAAAAGAAUGUCAGAAAAAUCGUCGUUAUGGUCGGCGCCGGUAUUAGCACUGCGGCAGGAAUUCCAGAUUUCCGCUCCCCAGACACUGGUUUAUAUGCCAAUCUUGAUCGUCUGAAUCUUCCUGCUCCAGAAGCAGUAUUUAGUCUUGAUUUCUUUCGAACAAACCCAAGACCCUUCUAUGCCCUGAAGAAGGAAAUGCUACUUCAUACUUGCAAACCCACCAUCACCCACUCAUUCAUUAAACUCCUAUACAACAAAGGCCGGCUACUCAAAUUGUUUACACAAAACAUUGAUUGCCUAGAACGAAAGGCGGGAAUCCCACCUGAGAUGAUCGUCGAAGCCCAUGGAAGCUUCGCAACACAGAGUUGCAUCGACUGCAAUAAACCGUACCCCGCUGAUCUAAUGAAAAAGGCGGUUGAGGCCGAUGAUGUACCAUUAUGCCCCGAUUGCAUGGGCUUCAUUAAGCCAGAUAUUGUUUUCUUUGGUGAGCCGCUACCAGACCGCUUCUUCCUGAAUCGAACUUUGCCUGUGGCGGCGGAUUUAUGCAUAGUUAUGGGAACGAGCUUGAGUGUUCAGCCAUUUGCUAGUUUGCCUUCUCUAUGUAGAGAUGGUACCCCCCGUGUGCUCAUCAAUUUGACUGAAGCUGGUGGCCUCGGUGGGCGGCCCGAUGACAUUCUGCUUCUGGGUGAGUGCGAUGACGGGGUGUUGAAACUCGCCGAUGCCUUGGGGUGGCGGGAGGAACUAGAGCAGCUUUGGGCGCAGGUAAAUCCUGAAAAGGCAGCGAGUAGUACUGUCAAGAAACAAAGCUCUGGUCCUAUUACUCAAGAUGAACAACUUCGUCAUGAGAUUGAGAAGUUGACAGAAGAAGUUGAGCAUACACUAGAAACAUCUCAAGCCCAUGAGGAGCGAGUCCGGUCACAACUAAAGUCUUUGGAUGUUCGGAAUGAAUGUGAAACACCGUGCGACAAAGAGAAAAUAAUGCGAAAAGCGGACGACUCUGUUAAGUCAUCCGAGGAAGGGGAGAGCCAAAUGCUUAAUACUGGGGAAAAGGAUGAACCCCCCAAACUGGAAAACACGAGUCAAGAUUCCUCGCUAUAA